GAGAAUAGUAAUUAUAUUAUUAUGUAAGGGUAGUGUGGUCUUUUCAAAUCUUUAGUUUAUAUACUAUAUUGUAACUCUUAUGUUUCUAAGUUUUGUUACAUUCUAUUGAAACCCUAAAUUCAAUGGUCUUUCUCUAUGUUUCUACAUGUUCAAUCUUGUUAACAUGGUAUCAAAGAGCUUGGUUAAUUCAUUAGCAAUUUGUUGAAGAUAAAUUACAUGGUGUAUUGUUGGCUUUGGCUUGUUACGAUUUUGGAUAGUAGUGAAUUGUUAUUGUUAUUGGAUUGCAAACUUUGGUCAAAAGCACUGCUUCUAUCGAACGGCAAUUUUGAAGGAGAUCAACAAUUUGGUUUAGGAUUUAAUCAUGCUAUCUUCAGGAGGAAGUUUAUAUGGUACCUCCAGCAGGUGUUUCUCAUAAUCAGGGGGAAGUGUGUAAGUUGAAGAAAGCAUUAUAUGGUCUAAAACAAGCUCCUCGAGCUUGGUUUGAGAAGUUCUCUGCUGUGAUUAUAUCUCUUGGAUUCAACUCUAGUGAUUAUGAUUCUGCUUUAUUUGUUAGGACAACUUCUCAUGGUCGUAUUAUACUAUCCUUAUAUGUCGAUGAUAUGAUUAUUACAGGUGAUGACGUUGAUGGAAUUGAUGAAUUGAAAAUACAGUUAGCAAAAAUAUUUGAGAUGAAGGAUUUGGGUCCUCUUCGCUAUUUCUUGGGAAUUGAAGUUGCAUACUCUCCUCGGGGUUAUCUUCUAUCCCAAUCCAAGUAUAUUGCCAACAUUCUUGAGCAAGCUCGCCUCUCUGAUACUCGAGCAGUAGAUAGUCCGCUAGAGUUGAAUGUGAAAUAUGUUCCAUCAGAUGGCGUUCCUCUAUCAGAUCCCACUUUGUAUCGUACUCUGGUUGGAAGUUUGGUGUAUCUCACUAUUACUAGACCUGAUAUUGCUUAUGCGGUGCAUGUUGUGAGUCAGUUUGUUGUUUCUCCCACUACUGUGCAUUGGGCAGCAGUGCUUCGCAUUCUUCGUUAUCUUCGGGGAACUCAGUUUCAAAGCCUUUUGUUUCCAUCAUCUUCUUCCUUAGAGUUGCGUGCUUACUCUGAUGCAGAUUGGGCUGGUGAUCCUACCGACCGUAAGUCUACCACAGGGUUUUGUAUUUUUCUUGGAGAUUCUCUCAUUUCUUGGAAGAGCAAAAAGCAGGACAUUGUCUCCCGCUCUUCUACUGAAGCUGAAUAUCGUGCUAUGGCAUCCACGACAACUGAAAUUGUUUGGCUGCGUUGGUUACUUUCUGAUAUGGGUGUUGCUCUUUCUGAACCUACUCCUAUGUAUUGUGACAACAAAAGUGCCAUUCAAAUUGCCCACAACUCAAUAUUUCAUGAACGCACUAAGCACAUUGAAAUUGAUUGUCAUUUCACUCGUCAUCAUCUUCAGCAUGGCACCAUAACUUUGCCUUUUAUUUCUUCAUCCUUGCAGAUUGCUGAUUUGUUCACGAAGACGCAUUCUAUUAAACGUUUUCGUUUCUUGAUUGACAAACUCUCGUUGCUUCCUAUCACUGCAUCUUGAGUUUGAGGGGGGAUGUUAGAGAAUAGUAAUUAUAUUAUUAUGUAAGGGUAGUGUGGUCUUUUCAAAUCUUUAGUUUAUAUACUAUAUUGUAACUCUUAUGUUUCUAAGUUUUGUUACAUUCUAUUGAAACCCUAAAUUCAAUGGUCUUUCUCUAUGUUUCUACAUGUUCAAUCUU